GGUUCUGGUAAAGGCCCACAUUCAAUCCAGCCCAUGAUCCGGUCUAAUUUUCAGCCUCUUUUAUAAAACGAAAUUAGGGUUUCCGUUCUAUUUCAGUGGAGUUUCUAAACUCUAUUCCCAAUCUCUGCCGCAGUUUCUGAUCGGAGUUUGCUUUUAAGGAACAAUGACAACGAGAUUGAGGAAGAAUCGUAAGAAGCGCGGCCACGUGAGCGCCGGGCACGGUCGUAUCGGAAAACACCGAAAGCAUCCCGGAGGUCGUGGUAACGCCGGAGGAAUGCACCACCACCGUAUCCUCUUCGACAAGUACCAUCCCGGUUACUUCGGUAAAGUCGGUAUGAGAUACUUCCAUCGCCUCCGCAACAAGUUCCAUUGUCCAAUCGUUAACGUAGACAAGCUCUGGUCCAUGGUGCCACAAGAUACAAAAGAGAAGGCUUCAGCCGAUAACGUACCGGUUGUCGACGUUUCUCAAUUUGGUUACUUUAAAGUGUUGGGAAAGGGAAUGGUUCCGCCGUCCCAUCCGAUGGUGGUGAAGGCGAAGCUCAUUUCCAAGACCGCUGAAAAGAAAAUUAAGGAGGCUGGUGGUGCUGUUCUCCUUACUGCUUAGGUUUGUUUUUCAGUUGUUAAUUCCAGUUUUGAUUAUCAGAUUAGGGGUUUAUGAAUCAUGGAUUAUCACUCUGUUUUGUUGAAAUUGAAAUCGAACUAUAUGCAUCGUUAUUAUAUUGA